CAGUGCAGUGUACUUCGUGUUGUUAAAUAGGUAGUAUCGUAAUGGAUGCAAAAAUGAAAUUGCAACAAACAAGGCGGAUUGCCGCCUAUGCAACGACCUUUAUUUUUCUGAGUGCUGCUUUAAAAAAAAAGAAUGCAAUGAAAUAAGAAAAAGACGAUGGUUGAUGUCCUCUAUAUAUAAGAGUCGAAAUAGGCAAGUAAAACAACUUGCGAAACGGUAGAAAAUAACUGGAAUACUUAACUUAUUACAUAUAAUGUCACAAACAUGUUAGACGAUUUACGUCGUGAGCCAUCAAAUUAUUUUGAAAAUUUUUGUCGAAUGUCAGCCACAGAUUUUGAAUUAUUGCUAAGUAAAAUAGGCCCAGUUAUAGCCAAAAAGGAUAAAAAUAUGAGAAAAAAUAUACCUAUUCAAGAAAGGUUGGCUGUAACACUAAGAUUUUUAGCUACUGGAAAUAGCUUUCAAAGCCCGUCAACUUGUUUAAAUUUUCACCACAAACAGUAUCUCGAUGUGUACAGGAUGUAUUUACCUAACACACCAGAUGAAUGGCGUAAGGUUGCCCAAGAGUUUAAAAAACAAUGGGAUUUUCCGCAUUGUUUGGGCGCUAUAGACGGAAAACACAUAAUUAUCGAAGUUCCAAUAAGCACCGGGACCGAGUUUUUCCACUAUAAGGGAAUUUUCAGCAUUGUACUUAUGGCAUUAGUAAAUGCUAAUUACGAAUUUAUAUACGUUGAUGUUGGAUGCCAGGGAAGAAUUAGUGACGGUGGUGUAUACCGAUUUACCACUUUAUACCACAAACUACAUAAAAAUGAGUUAAAUUUGCCUCCAGAUGAACCUUUGACUUUAUGGAAGAUACCAUUGGCAUAUGUGUUUGUGGGGGAUGAUGCGUUUGCUUUGUCCACUCAUAUGUUAAAACCAUAUGCUGGAGUUUACGACAAAGAGUGUUCAGAAAACCCCAUAGAGUCACAGAAAUCACCAUGA